UAUGGAGGUCAAGGUUGGUUAUAAAAGUAGUUUUGGAGAUGUACAAUACUAUGCGAUCGAUCAGGACCUCUCCGCGAUCCAUAGUGUGAACAAGAAAAAAAUCAUGGUUUGGAACGGGAAAGGGAAAUAUGGAGUCAAAACCGGGCGAACUGUCCGAAAUCCUUUCUCUCAUUUUCUUGGCCGCGAACCGGAAGUUUUACUCAAGUUUACAAGAGGAACGGAGAACAUGUCCAAAUACGAUAUGGAACAGUUCCUCGAAGAGAACGAUAUAGGGGAUGGCCUUGGUGAUUUCACACUCUCGUCCAACCGGCAUCUGCGAGCUGGAAGUGGAGUGCAUAUGUCUAGCGUUAUGUACUCCUUGAAAAAGCGCAAGCGAUGGACCUUGUCAGAAGUGUUCAAGGAAAUCAGUGGUCAAGACACAAGCGAUGCUUCGUCUAGACCCAGUGUUACUAUUGUGCGUCGCCGGAUGCGACAAGAGGUCGACGCAGAUUGCAUUGCUGUCCACAAAGUCCGAGAGAACAUAGUGUAUACUCCUCGAAAACGCAAAUACACUCGCGUGCAAGAUUUACUGAAGAAGAGUGACUCAACCGAAUUGGAGCCCGAAAUUGGUUACGAGCUGUCGUAUCGAUAUCCAAAGAACGAAUACCCCGAAUGCAGCGAAAGAUACGCCACAAGUUAUCGUUGGUCUUUUCAGUAUUCUCUCAAAGAUCCGUGCAAGUCUCGAUUUAAGAACAAGGGCGUGAAAAACAAGGGCUACCGCUGGGGUCUCUAUUCCGACAGAGAGCUCAGGAAUAAAGAAGUUCUCAAAGGUAAACGUUGUCAGGCAUACUCAACACCCAAAAUCGCUGAGAGUAAAAUUAGUGUGAUGGGUGCAAAGUGGUUUAGUAGCUUUAAGACCCCAAGAGAGACAUCCUCUCCCUAUAGUACAGGGUUUGAUAUUGGCUCUUACAUUGAUGAGCUUUCCAGACACCCACCGAAGAAAACACGACAGAAACCAAAUUUGAGACAUAAAGAUGGAUCAUUGAGUCAGUGUUUUAAGUAUGGAAAGAAAAGUUUCGUCUUCAUUGACCCUGAACCAAGCAUGAACACCUCUCAGAAUCCUACCACUGCCCCAUCUGCUUCUGCACCUUCAAUGAUUCCUCCAUCAGAGAAGAAGCUAACAGCUCCUUUACAGUUAUUGCUUGAUGACUUGAAGCCUGAAAAGCUUACCGAAGAUUGGAAUGGCAUGUACUUGGAAGGAAACAGCUUGCCAAGGAAGUUCACAAUUGACCUAAUUCCCCUUCUUUCUCCCGGUGGAAGCUUUACAAAUGAAUUUUGCUGCAUACUGUUUGAAAUGACCGACCAGCUGAAUCGUGAAAUGAACUGCAGAACAGUUGCAGUUAGUUUGCAUGCCACAAAGACUCAGGACCUUUCUGGUGAUCUUUGCAAUGCUAUGAAAAACUUCUUUGUGGAAUUGGAAAAUGAGAAGAAAGACUUUUGGAGAGUGUGCGAUGCAGUUAGCUGUGCAACUCAUUACUUGCAAUGUUGCUACCAGUCUUUCCUACCCCCUAUGCAAGACUCCCACAGCCACACAAAAAUAUGGAAUUCUAUUGAUGUGCUUGGUUCUAUGUUUGGAUGGAAAUCAGAGGUCUUAACUCGGGUGGAAAUAAAAUCUGAACUGAGAGCAAAAAUCAAGAAAAUUGAUUUGCUCAGCAUGGAUGUUGUUAUAAGAACUGAUACGGAUGAUGAAGGAAUUGCAGAACCACUUGAAAAGUUUUGUGGUAUAUGCUACAAGGAAUUUGAGAAUCAACUUUUGACUCCAUUUACUGCUCUGAAACACUGCCUACAUACCUUCUGCGAUGAAUGCUGGGAAGUCCACCUGAAGACACAAAUUAGCUUGGGGAACACAGACCUACAAUGUCCUGGACAUAAGUGUAACGUCUGUGUUGACAAGGCCACUAUUUUGACUCUGGUGCCUAACUGGUAUGACAAGUUCCAGUCACAGAAAAUUGACAAAGUCAUAGAGUCCAGUUCAGAAUUGAGGUGGUGUCCCUCCAGCAAGUGUGCUAAAGUGUUAAAGGUGUCUGCAUCUGGUGCCAUGGCCAGUAGAAGCAACCCAGUGUCUGUAGCAUGUUCUUGUGGAGGGCUUUGGUGUUUCCAGUGUGGUAAAAAGGCUCACUGGCCAGCUUCAUGUUCAGGUGAAGAGAAAUUCCAGGAAAUUACCAAGCAAAUUCAUGCAGAAAUCAAGCAGAAGGGAGAGGAUUGCAUAACUUCAGUCAUGGUGCGAAAUUGUCCCAACUGUCGCUAUCCUAUUGAAAAGCACCUUGGCUGUAGUUUUAUGUUCUGUAUCAUGUGCCAGACAGCUUUCUGCUGGGAAUGUCUUACUCCCAUGAGCAAACAUCAGGAAGAAUGUAAACAAAAAGUGCAGUCAAAGGAAGUGGAUUUAGAUCUUGUCAGCUCAAGCAGCACUCAUUUUGAAGAAUACUUUUCUAUAUAUCUUAGCAACAAAAUGGGACAAUCGAGCAAGGUUAUGUUCCAUCAAAGACAGCGGCUGCGGAAUUUUGAGAAGAUUGUAAAAUCCCAUGAAAGUCUUAAUAGCUCACCUGUCUUCUCAUUUGAUGGAGUGGUGGAAAAGAUUCUGCAGGGUGGCUACAAAAAUGUACUGAGGAGUGCGGCUGAAUUCAAGUUUUAUUCCCAUUUGACUCUUGAAGGUGCAGCAAAAAUGGCCAUUUUGUCAAAAUCUACAUCUAAAUGUGUAAAGAAACACAUGAGCCGAUUGCAAUUUAUCAUGGAGAGAAUUGAAGAAAUCUUUAAGUGUGACUUAAAACAGCUGUUAAAGAACAACCAUUUGAGAAAACUGUCUAGAUUACUACAACAUGGAAAUGAUUGUGUCUAUGCAAUUGGACAGAUUCUCUCUGAUUGACAGGAAAAAUACAGGCCUUGAAUUAUCAAAGGGACCAGUUACUUACACUGCGCACUCUGCUUAAUUAUUUUUUGGAAUGCAAUUAUUAAUGUUUCCGUGCAAAUAAAUCAUAGGCUUGAAUUUCAUUUUUAUUUGGUUUUUGUAUCAGCAUAUAGGAAAUCAAACAUUUGAACCUUUGACAAAAUUGAACAAUAUGUUAUAAUUUCUCUCUGCAUUGAGAUUUUUUUGCAUUAAACUGUCAAGGAAUUAGAAUAGAUAUACAAUGCAGAAUGAUAUAAUUAUCUAUAUAUUUUUUUGCAUUGGUUUAAAUUUUGUAACUUGAACUUUACAGCAGCAUGAAAAUUUUGGAGUCUCUCCUCUUGUGCAUGGAUUGAUACAUUGAAUGAUAUCAGCAUGUACAAUUCAGCAUUUGUGUUUCUUUAAUUAUACAUUCAGUCUGAAAUUGAAACCUUUUAAUCCAAUACCACAAAGUUGUCAUAGAUAAAUGGGAAAAAUCAUGUUAUUGCAAUGCACUCAAUAUGCUAUGAAAAUUGACGAAAUUUUCACCAUUUUCAUAAUAUUGUUUAUAGGGCUAUGUGUAUAUUGUAUAACUCUAGGUGUCUUCCUUUUAAAGCCCCAACUGCCCAGCUUUUGUCACCUUUUGGAAUCUAUCAUGUAAUCUAUCCAUGUUUUGUUGA